GUGGCGGUGGUGUGUUGUCGCGUUCGUUCGGUGCUCGACUUUCGUUUCUUCGUUUGUUUGUUCGUCCCGACAGUGCCGGUAUAACAUGCCGGUGGAAAUGCGCGCGAACGUGGUCGACGACGACGUGACUGCCGCUGCUUCGGAGUGCUCGUCGCCAUUUUCGUCGUCGUCGUCCCCCGUGGUGCUGCUCAAGUACUCGUGCCUCUGGGAUUACAAGCUGUCGGGACGCUGCUUCUCGUGGCACGCGGGCGACACGCGCCACGUGGCCGGAAGGAAGAGCUUCCCUUUCCUCACCAUGGUCCGGCACCAGUUGGUGGAACCCCUGGACUACGAGCAGUUCGUGUCCAAGAACAAAACCAUCCUGCACAAUGACCCCCAGCGGGAGAUGCUCUUCUUUCCUCCGGACGACAUCUCGCAAGCCGUCAUUCCCCGUGCCAUCCGUACCACAGUGCCAACAAUCCCUGCCAAUGUGCGAUUGCACUGCCUGCCCUUGUUUGUGCGCCAGUGCAUCAAAACCUACACGGCUGACUGGCACAAAGUCUUGUACAAGUCAAGCGUCUAUUCGGGAACGUACAAAGAGCUGCUCAGUCGAAUACCACGGCCAACAGACCUGCAGGACCAGGUGUAUGAGGUUGACACAGAGACCGAGGUCAAGGACUCGGAGAGCAAUCUCAAGGGUGACUCUGAGGUCAUCAAGGAAGGCUACAUACUCAAGGGGCCAGAAUCCGGCACUGACAGCUUCAUUAGCUUGGCAACAAAGUCAUUCAAAAGAAGAUACAUGACACUAACACGAGGAGUGGAUGGCAGCCACUCGCUCGAGUUUUACAAGGAUGACAAAAAGACGGAAUCGAAAGGCACCAUCUGCAUGGACUUCUGUAGCAAAGUGGUCAGGAAUUCCAAGCGGAGCAAGCUGAGUUUCGAGCUACGCAUGCAAGAUGGCCACAAGUCGUGUGUGCUGGCAGCUGAGAGUGAGAUCGAGAUGGACGGCUGGAUGGCCAUGCUGGUGGCCAUCACCACCAACUACCGGAAUGCCCAGGAGUGCAGCAAGAAGGCUGCGGCCACCGUCGUCUCAUCACCUGAAGAAAAUGUGGUAACGUCACCUUCAUCUCCUUAUGGCUAUGGAACAUUGAAAAGCUUGGAGCACAGCAAGAACCCAGACUUGGUGAAGUAUGCUAAGGAAACGGACUACUCCAUAUCCCAAGCACGCAAGCAGAAUAGGCAGAACCUGUUCUCUAUUUAUCCAGACUUGCAGAGAUCAAGCAGCUGCUUGCACAUCUCUAACUACGAGCGACGUGUGGAGCCCUUCAAGGAAGAGUUCAACACUCGCAUGUUCGUGAAGUGCGAAGAGGUCAAGUUCAAUCUGCAGGCACCUCUGGACUGCCAGAAUGGAUCCCUCUGCCAGGUUGAACCCUACUUUACCACCAUGGCGGUUUACGAUGUCCGUCACAUGCGCAAGGUGACAGAGGAUUUUCGCUUCGACGUCAACAAUUCGUACAUGCGUAACAUGCUGCCAAAGACAACACGGAGGAAAAGUACCAGCGGCUCGGCUCCCAAUGGGACCGCAGGCACUCAGCUGAACGACUCACUGGUACCUGGAAUGAGCGAGCUCGGAGAGGAAUGGCUAGCAUUUCCGCAACAGGCCGUCUUCAUGGUUCAGCGUCCAGACUCCGAGCUGUUCCUGGUGGUGCGGGUAGAGAAGGUACUGCAGGGAAGCAUAGCGCAGGCCUCGGAACCUUACCUUCGGCACAGCAGUGACGGCCGCCAAGGGACCAAGGCCCAGAAGAUGUUCCGCCUGUGCUGCCAGCGGCUUGACCAUUUCCGCAUGCCCUUUGCGUGGGCCGCCAAACCUCUGUUCAGCCGUCAUUCCAAUGAGUUGGACAAGUUCAUGGAGUUUGGGCAGAUCUAUCGGCAGGAUAGUGCCAAACUCUCUGAAGAAGACACGCUAAAGUUCCUCUGCGACCUCAAGAGGCCAGAGAAAGUGAAACAUUUCACAGUGAUUCCAGGGCACAUCAAGGUUUCGCUGAGGCUAUUGAGACCUGAUGAGACUGUUGACAACUCCCUGACAACGUCUCUGGUUCCUGUGGUGCCAUUUCCGAUGCCUCCCAAGCCCAGGGAAGGCCCCACACUCGAAGUGCAGCAGUUCCCUACGGAUGUGGCAGCCGACAGUCAUCCAUUCUUUUCUUACCUCAAUCACCUGUACGUCUACCCCAAGAGCCUCAAGUACGACAGCCAGAAAGCAUUUGCCAAGGCAAGAAACAUAUCGUGCUGUGUGGAGCUCAGAGACAGAGACGAUGAAGGAACGAAACCACUAAAGUGCAUCUAUGGUCGACCAGGGGAGCCCCUCUUCGUCUCGCAAUCAUACACAGCUGUGACACAUCAUUGUGUCACGCCUGACUUUUAUGAAGAGGUGAAGGUUGUGCUUCCUCUGGAAUUGCACGAACAACACCAUCUUCUGUUUACCUUUUAUCACGUGAGCUGCGACAUUGCCAAGGGCGCCAAACGCAAGGAGGGUCCCAUUGAGAGCAUUGUCGGCUACUCCUGGCUACCUCUAUUCAGCAAGGGGAGGCUAAAUAUCGAGGAAGACAUGCUUCCAGUUGCUGCCAAUUUGCCACCUGGAUACCUUUCGUACAAGCCUCUUGGCCUUGGAAAAGGGUUUUGCGGACCUGACGUGCGGCUUGUGGAAAGUGGCCGGGAACUGUUCAGGCUUGGCUUCAGGCUUGUCUCCACUGUACACACAAAGGACCAGCACCUGCACAAUUUCUUUGUUCACUGUCAAAAACUCUUGGAGACAAAAGUUUUGGGCCCUGAUACUGAGACUAGUACACUUCUGAAGGAACAGGCGCUCCCUUCAAUGGGCACUGAAGCUGAGCGGGAAAUCUCAAAGGUUGUCAAGGCCCUGCACGCUGUGGAGGGCAGUGCCAUGAUCCACUUCCUGCCGACCACACUGAACCAGCUUUUGAAGCUCCUUGUGAGCACAGGCAGUGAGGAAGUUGCGCUGAACACGGUGCGUGUGCUCAUCCACUUGGUGACCUGCGUGCACGAGGCUGGCAGGGAGGACAUUCUGCACAGCUAUGUCCAGUACAUGUUCGUGACUGAGCCUCCCCAAGGCUCGCAGCAGGCGACAGUGCAUGAGGAGUUGACAAAGGCCCUCUCAUCACUGCUGGGUCCGGAUAAUGCUGACUUCUUGGUGGUGCACAAGUUUCUGCACCAGUCAUGGUUCUUCUUCCAGAUCCUUGCAAAGUCCAUGGCUCAGCAUCUGAUGAACACGGACCGCAUCAAGAUGCAGCGCCACGAGCGCUUCUCCAAGGAGUACCACAACCGGGUGCGUACGCUGGUGCAGUGCCUGAUUCCACAUAUCAUGCAGAAGCACAGGGACCAGCGCAACGAGACGAGGCAUGCCAACCAGGGCCUGGCUCAUUUCCUCAAGAAAUGCUUUUCCUUGAUGGACCGUGGCUUUGUGUUCAAGCUCAUCAACCUUUAUUUGGAGAAGUUCAAGUCUGGUGAUGAAAUGGAACUUCAUUGCUACAAGUUUGACUUCCUGGAAAUUAUCUGCUCACACGAACAUUUCAUUGCACUGAACCUACCUUCCUUGAAAGGCGCUUACAGCCGAGGACACUCAAAGAAUUCUAAAGACGAAAGCGAGGAGGUUGCAACGGGCGACUACGAGAUGGAGUACCGGUUGUCGGAAGAGUUCUGUCGUAGCCACUUCCUGGUGGGCGCCCUUCUGCUGGAGCUACGGGCAGCACUCAGUGAGGUGCAGAAAGUUCGACAGAGAGCCAUCAGUGUUGUCUGCAACCUGCUCGCCAAGCAUGCCUUUGACGACCGUUACCAGGGGAAGGCCCAGCAAGCUCGACUCGCAUCACUCUACCUGCCCCUCAUCUCCGUGCUUCUGGCCAACAUCAACCGUUUCAGCAGCAGCACAGAACAGCAGCAGCCAUCCUCCGCCGCUCCGAGUGCAACUAACACAACGGCAUCUGGCACGUCACCGUCUCGUAAAAUGAGCAAGGCAGACAGUCUGAACCAUGCGGCUGCAGUCGCUGAAGACCCGGGCACACCACAGAGCGUGACGUCCUACCGCAACAGCGUGGCCCUCGACGGGCCAGCUUCUUUGCCGGGCUCUGGGCGCCACAACCGGGAUUCAAACUACUUAUCCAUCAUUGCUGGCCAAGCUCCACUUCCACACAUGGGUGUCACAUUUGCCACCAAUGGCUCUUGCACGUCGCUGGAAAGCGAGUCAUCCACGCCAUCCAGUUCAUCUGCUAAGGAAAUUGAUGCACCCAUCCGUAAUGGCGACGUUGGAUCAGCACAGUGUUUCACACGGGACGGAAGCCUUGUGAGCAAAGGUCAUGCUAGGUCGCAGUCUUUGCCAUUUGCAAGCCCAACAGGCAUUGUUAGGUAUGACAAGUUCGAGCCCUCUGAAAUCAAUGACCUCUUGGUCUGUUUUCUCUACCUCAUCAAGCAGCUGAACGAAGACCUACUGAUUGGCUGGUGGCAGCAAUGCCGAGACUGUGAUUUACUUGACUUCUUUCACCUCCUGGAGCUCUGUUUGCAUCAGUUCAGAUACAUGGGCAAGAAGCACAUCCUUAAGGGACGGAAUCAGCAGUCCUCAAGCGCACAGGCCAAGGCGAUGACUUUGCCUGCUAGGACGGCUCCACCUACGUUCACCCAACGAUGCAACAGCACCUACAGUGAGAAUGCAGCCAUGGAGAACGGCAGUGAGGUCGAUGGAGACAGCUUCUACCGAGCGCUACUAGAGGCAAACAUGGCAACCGAGGUUGGCCUCAUCACCCUUGAUGUCCUGGGACUGUACUGCGGGCGCUUCAAGGAGUCACUGCUGUUCAACGAUGGCGACAACCCAACUAUGCGGCGCCUUUUCGACAUCUACCUCUCGUUUCUCGAAGUGGGCCAGUCUGAGAACUUGCUGCGACACCUCUUUGCAGCCCUGCGAGCCUUCAUCAACAAGUUUCCUGUUGCUCUCUUCCAAGGCGAUGCCUUCCUUUGUGGAAAGUUGUGCUUUGAGCUCCUCCGCUGCUGCAACUCAAAGUUGUCGACUGUUCGCAAUGAAGCAUGUGCCCUGCUAUACCUGCUGAUGCGAAGCAACUUUGAGUUCACCCGAAGGCAGGGACUCACCAGGGUACACCUGCAGUUGAUAGUUUCUGUUUCAAGAUUACUGGGUGAAGUGAUUGGGCUGAACACAGCGAGGUUCCAGGAGAGCCUGUCCAUUAUCAACAAUUAUGCAUCCGGUGACAAGGCCAUGCAGAGAACAGUAUUCCCGAGCGAGGUCAAGGAGCUGACCAAGAAGAUAAGGACGGUACUCAUGGCGACAACGCAGAUGCGUGAACAUGAGAAUGACCCCGAGAUGCUGGUGGACUUGCAGCACAGCUUGGCCAACAGCUAUUCAGCGACACCAGCCCUUCGCAAGACCUGGCUCGAGAGCAUGGCAGCCUACCACCUCAAGAACGGCAGCUACACCGAGGCAGCACAAUGCUACAUUCAUGUCGCUGCAUUGGAGGCCGAGUACCUGAGACACAAAGAGGUGUUCCCUGAGGGCUGCCUGGCCUUUAAAAACACAUCGCCAAAUGUAGUGCGCGACGAGUCACACAUUCGAGAAGAUGCCGCUGCCGCGGCCGGGCAGCAGCAGGACUUCCAACAGACGGAAGAGUCCUUGGUUGAACGGCUGGAACAGUGCGUGGAGACACUUCAGCUGGCGGAGCGCUACGAAGCGAUGGCCGACAUAUAUCGGCUGUUGGUACCCAUCUACGAGCGGCGACGCAACUACGCUGCACUCGCACGCUGCUACAAGACUCUGCACCAGGGCUACAACAAGAUCCUCGAAGUCAACUGCACAGGGAAACGCCUCCUGGGCACUUACUACCGCGUCGUCUUCUUCGGACAGGCCUACUUUGGGGACGAAUCUGAGAAGGAGUACAUUUACAAGGAGCCCAAGGUCACGUCACUUCCUGAAAUCUCUGAGCGUCUGCAUCGUAUGUUUUGUGAGAAAUUUGGCAAGGACUCUGUCAAGAUGAUCAUGGACUCCAAUCAGGUGAACCCAAGUGACCUGGACCCCAAGUACGUGUACAUUCAGGUGACGCACGUGGUGCCUUACUUCACCGAGAUGGAGCUGAUGCAGCGCCAGACUGAGUUUGAGCGGCACAAUAACAUCUCGGAGUUCAUGUACGAGACACCCUUCACCCUGGAUGGCUCCAAGGCGCGGGGGGCCCCGGAUGAACAGUGCAAGCGACGCACCAUCCUCACCACUGGCUACUGCUUCCCGUACGUAAAGAAACGGAUCCCGGUGACGAGCCGCCGGACCAAGGACCUCAAUCCAAUCGAGGUGGCCAUUGAUGAGAUGCAGACACGUGUCGCCGAGUUGGACGAGGUGGUCCGUCGCAAACCAUCUGACCUCAAGAAGCUCCAACUCAAGCUUCAGGGCAGCAUUGGUGUUCAGGUGAAUGCUGGCCCUCUUGCCUAUGCGAAUGCCUUCUUGGAUGAGAGCAAAUCCCACUUGUACCCAGAGGAAGAGGUCAAUGAGCUGAGGGAGACAUUUAGGCAAUUCCUCAACAUUUGCCAGCAGGCCUUGGACCUAAAUGGCAAGCUUAUCCCACCUGAACAAUGCGAGUACCACAAUGCCCUUAAGAAAAACCUCGUUGACAUGGCCAGCCAGCUCUCGGAAAUAAUGAAAGAGAAGCUGGUCUCUGAUCAUCGUUCAUCGGUUGCCAUGAAGAGGAUGUCUCUCGAAGUAUUCAACUUCAUCAGUGGCUCAUCGGGGUCUAGCAAUGUUUAAACCCAUUUGAGGAUUUCUUCUUGUUCUUUUUUCUCCCGAUCAAGCUUCUUCAUUGCCGCUUGUUAGAAUUUUACUCAUCCAUCUCAUAUUCAUGACCACCUUGCACUCUCAUUUUGUCAUUGAAAGAAGGUUGAGUAUCUUUCCUUGCACUUUCAUCUACUUCCCAAUUCUUCACAGUAGUUGCACAAUUGUGGAGUGAGGUGUGGACGUUGCAGCACCACCACCAUUCUACUUCUUGUUUAUAGAAAUGAUGUAAAUAAUAGAAGACUGCUUUUUUUUUCUGUAUCACUGAACUUAAGGUUGCUGCUUAUGUAGUAGGAAUUGGGUGAUGCACAGACAUGCUGUGCUUAUGCCAAGGUUGAGGCUAAGUGGAGUAGGUCAACAAAGUGCCUUUUUAAUAGAGUAUGUAGAAAACAGCAGUAUGGCUGUGUUUAGGUGAGAGGGUUUCUUUAAAAAAAAAUUGGUUCAAAGUGUAGGCAGGUUAUUCAUAUGCCAGUUGGCAUCAGUUGUACAGAAAAGCACUCUGAGCAACCUGUAAAUAAUGCCGGCCUACUUACGUGGUGCUGGAACUGGAGGGUUUUCUCUGUUGUUUUUUUUUGUGUUGGACGAAGCGAAUGCCAUUGUUCGCCUGCUGUCUUGUGCAAAACCUGUUUGUACCUGCCAUUAUCAUGAUGAUGUUAAAGCAAAAGGUCUGUCUCGUAUGGGCUGAAUACUUAGGACACUUUAUCAAGCAGUGCCAAAUGCAGUAUUGGCAUAUUUCAUCGGGUUACUGUUUAUAGAUGUUAUGUACUGUAGUUUACCAUGUGGAAUACUGUAAAAUAUAUAACAGAUACUGUAGCUGAUGGCUUCGUCUUAAGGGCUUACUCUUCACCCAGCAGUGCAACUAUUAUACAACAUGAAAGCUUGAGUCGUCACUUUCUUGUUAGCAAAGACGCUUUUCCGCCCAGCGCUUUUAUCGUUUUGUAUCAUUAUCUGAUCUUACUUUGUGCAGUAGCUGUUUAACCAGUGAAGAAAAUGUACAUGUCUUAAUUACCAAGCUUGGCAACAUACCACACCUUCUUUUACAGCACAGGCCGGAAUGUGCUGUAAAGGUUUUUCUCUUUUUAAUGCUUGAGGCAACAUAUGUGUCAUGUAAUGUAUGUCAUCACAUUGCCCUUAUGUGUAUGAGGCAAGUAAUGUUUCGUUUGUUGCUUAUGGUCAAAUUUCUUUUUUACGGCUGCAGCUUCAGUAUCGACAAUUGCUUCAAAUUUUUUUGCUAGUCACUUGAGAGAAAGAAGACUAUUAUGUAUGCAGAUUUGUGUGUAUAGUUCGUAUUCUAUUUCUGUUAAGACACCUGCGUGUGUUUUUUGAUUUUGUGAAGGAACAGAUAGGAAAAGAAAGCAAUGGUAGACUAGGUUGCAGCUUAAGUACAGCGCUUUGCCAUUUGCUGGGCUUUUAAUGCCUUUAACCCUGCAUUAUUUAUUCAAACUUCAUGCUUGUGGCUUGCUUCAUACAAACUGUUUAUACGUAUUUGGAACGUCUAUGGCUGUUAGAGAUGUGCAUUAUUCCUCACUUUUGUACAUAGCCAUGCGUCAUCUUUUACUUUCACUUUUGUGCUAGUAUUUCUUUGUAGUGUUAUUUGGUAAAGUUAAAAAAAAAAAAACUUUUGCUACCACCAAAAACUGCUCUCCAUCAUGUUGAUGUGCAAGCACUUCGAGUGUUUUUGACCUCAGUAACAGACGUGGACGAAAUUUUAACUUGUGUAAUCGUUUGACUCCUCUUUCUCGUGCAGCCAUUAAUGAGCUGAAAAGACAUUGUGUUCUUGACGACCGUGUUUUAGCCUAAAAAACUGAAUGCCUUAGCAUUAAUUUGCUCCUUUCAUAUUUGGUAGCGAUCUUGUGGAGAUGUUCUUUACGUGCCUGUUACAUGCGAGUCAGAUGCCAAUUUUUGUUUCCAGAUUUCUGAAAGCAUGUUCUAAUGUGCAUUCCUUGAAAAUAUUCAGCCUUGUGGUGUUAGACUAUGUGCACUUUUAUUUUAUGUGCACUUUUAUUUGAAAUCGGCUGGUGCUAAGCUUCAUGUAGCUUUAGUUAUGUCUACAUUUCUGUACAUUUUGCCCAUUCUUCUUUUCUUGUUUAAAAAUGCUCAUUGGUGUGAUGGGCAGCCAUCAUUACUGCGCAAUGCUUGCCUGCCUUGUGGAAGUCAGUGGGAGAGGGGGGGAUGAACAAGCAGAGUGUGAUGCUGACUGCCAACGUAUGUCAUGUGAAAGGCUUGAGUUGUGCGGUAACUUAUGUAUGUCUGUAUACUGCCCCACUGUCACUUUUAGCCAAGUCAUUGUACAGGUGCAUUAAAACAAAUUGAAGUUUUAAGCCGUCA